AUGACUGGUCCAGUCGGAAAAUCAAGUUUCUACAACACAAUAGACACGUUGUUUCGUGGUCGGAUUACACAGAGGGCUUGCAGUGGAUUCGCUGAGCAAAUACGUACCAUACUCUGUGUGACGACUCAAUCUGGUGACUCACUAAAGUUCGUGUUGUGUGACACACCUGGAAUCGAAGAUUCCACCGGACUCAACGAGAAUGAGUGUAGUAGCCUUUUAGACGGUAACAUGCCCAACUUUUAUCAGCUCAAUCAAGACAAUGAGCUACCAACUAAAGGUUCUGAGGAGGAGAUCACUACACAAGACAGGAUAGAUUGUGUUCUUUUAUGUGCUUGA